AUGGAAGAAAUAAAGCAUAAAUUCAUAGAAGUAAAUGGGCUGAAACUUCACGUAGCUGAAAUUGGAAGUGAGUCUUCUCCAGCUGUUGUGUUCUUACAUGGAUUUCCUGAAAUAUGGUAUUCUUGGAGGUACCAAAUGAUAGCCAUGGCUAAAGCUGGUUUUAGAGCCAUUGCUUUUGAUUACAGAGGUUAUGGUUUGUCUGAACAGCCAAAAGAACCUGAAAAAACAACAUUCUUGGAUUUUGACAAUGACCUCCUUGGACUCCUCGAUGCUCUCAGCAUUCCAAAGGCUUUUCUCGUUGGUAAAGAUUUUGCGGCAUUUGUUAUUUCCUUAUUUGUCGUUCUGCACGAGGACAGGGUCUCUGGAUUUGUUACCAUGGGCGUGCCGUUUAUGCUCCCAGGUCCAUCCGACUACGGCCUUCCAGAAGGUUUCUAUAUCACAAGAUGGAUGGAGCCUGGGCGAGCUGAAGCUGAUUUCGGUCGAUUUGAUGCCAAAACAGUUGUAAGGAAAAUUUACAUACUCUUCUCUAGAAGUGAAAUACCAAUAGCUGACGAAAAUCAGGAAAUCUUGGAUUUGGUGGAACCAGGCACUCCUCUGCCCUAUUGGUUCAGUGAAAAAGAUCUGGCAAUCUAUGGAGCUAAAUACGAGAAAUCUGGAUUCCAGACUGCUUUGCAGGUUCCUUAUAGGGCAAUGGCCGAACAAUUGAAUGUAACAGCACGACCAGUUCAAGUUCCUGCAAUGCUGAUAAUGGGCGAGAAAGAUUACGUCCUAAAAUUUCCAGGAAUCGAAGACUAUAUUAGGAGCGACGAACUGAAAAGUUUAGUACCAAAGUUGGAAGUAAUCUUUAUGCCUGAAGGAACUCAUUUUGUUCAAGAACAAAUGCCUGAUGAAGUUAAUCAACUUCUCCUCAGCUUCCUCCUUCACAACAAGAGUACUUAAUCGGUUCAAUUAUGAUCUUCUGAAAUGCAGCUUAAGCACUAUUAUAUAUCAUAGUUCUGUUAUCAAUGUGAUAAAUGUGUUAUAUAUCUGCACUUUUAGCAGUAUGUAUAUGUGUAAUAUAAUUAUCAUAAAAUUUGUGUAAUUUGGAUUUCUGGUACAUGAAGGUUGAAGUGUAAUGAGUGGCUUGGUUA